UCCAGAGAUAGAAAAAUGGUCGGAGACCCUGAAGGAGCAAAACACUACGCAUCUACAGCCAAAGGGUUGAAUAUUGCAGCAACCACCUUCUCCGUUGUCAUCCUGAUCACAGGCAUCAUUGUGAUUCUCAUUCAAGUCUCACAAUGAAGGAUCUGCCGGUGGAUAUUGAUCAACAGUUGCCCUUUCUACUUGAUAUCAACAGAUGCACCAGAGUUUCCUAUUCUAAGAGUACAAAGUCUGUUUAAGAAUAACUAUAACAAUGUCUGUUGCAUAAUUAACACAGGCAGAUAGAUUGUUUGCUUUCUAGGAUGCUGCUUUUUUUUAGGUUUACUGGAAUCGCUUUGUUCAGAAACUUUUGCUUCCUAAAGUACAUUGAGGAAAGCUGUGUGGUGGUCACUUUGAGGUUAGCAUCGUGGAUCACUUAAUCACUUAAUAGCACUGUGUACUCUUGUUUCCUCAACAGAGAGCAGCAUUAGUACAACAACUCCCAAGUGCACAUUCUCUCCACUCGAUUGGUAGUUUGUGUAACUGACCAGUUUCCAGCUAGUGCGAUGACCAGAUCUGCCCUGCUAAAAAAAAAUCUCUGUGCCAUUUCAGUCUCCUGCACUGGACCGAAAAAGCCUUAAUUUUUCUCUUAUAAACACAACGCUUUAUGACCUGAUGGUCCUUUUGCUGUGUUUCUUUAUCGAAGCUGAUCUAGACCAGUUGCCAUCGAUCACAUUUCCAAGAUUGCCUGUUUGUUUCGGAUCACUUCACUCUCUAAUGUCUGUCCAUGUAGAAUGAUGGUGUUUUGUAGAGCACAAUGGCUUGGAAGAGCUUUGUUCUGUGUUCUGAGGACCGCAUUAAAAAGAUAUUUUGUUUAACAA